GACAGGGGCGGGAUCUGUUGGAUGCUGACUGACUUAUCGUUUACGCGCGCUUUCGUGUUGUCAUUCUGCUGCGAAACUCGAAGCGCCGGAACGUUUGAAGUGACAGGUUAUUUAGAGCAUGAGCCGAGACGUGCACUCCAGAAGAUCCCAUGCUUAUCACAGAGGUCUCACUCCUGUUGUAAGGUCUUCGAGCUAUCGUCCACUCGCUCUGAGCUGCACCCUGGCGCGCGAAGGAACGACAGCAUUUUUUAUCCCUGUAUCGCAAGGACAACUUGUUUACGCGAGUGGUGUUGAAGGAUUGCGGUUCUGCUUUUGAAGAAACUUGGUCAUGGCAUCUUCAAUCCUGAGAGCACCCCAUCUUGGCACCAUUGCCUUCACAGCCACAGUUGUGGGUGGGGCGGUCGCAGCGGCAUCUUACAUUUGGCUCAAGCGCAAGGCUGCCGCCAGCAACUUUGUGCCCGUGGCUCGUUUGGUCAACAUCACCAUCUACCCUAUCAAGUCCCUUGCUGGCAUAGAGGUGCCAUAUGCUGACUGCACUGUGGCUGGGCCAGUCUACAAGGGGCUCAAGGACAGGCAAAUGCUCCUUGUAAAAGAUGACUACUUUGUUUCCAUGCGCGAAGAGCCCCGUCUUGGCAUGAUCAGCGUCGUCUUUGAUGAAAACAAAUUGAUGUUGACACUGACGGUGAAUGGGUAUCCACCACUGGUAGUUCAUCUCCAUGACUCGGACGAACAGAGUGUGCCUUCAUUCACUGUCAGGGUCAGAAAAAACAGUUACAAGGCUGUGGAAGUGUCGGAAGAAGCUUCCGGGUGGUUCAGGAACUUCCUCAAGUGUGACAGCAUUCGACUCGUCAGAAUUGUUUUGGACAAGGAGACCAUUGAUCGAGGAAGGGAUGGUAGUGCUUCGGUGGCCUUCCAAGAUAAGUCAUCAUUUCAGGUCCUCUCAAAGGCAUCACUGGAUGAGCUAGUGUCGAGGCUGCCUCCAGGUAGCAACAUCAGGCAGCGCAAUUUUCGGCCCUCACUUUUUGUUGAAGGCUGUAAAGCCCAUUCAGAGGACCACUGGUUGCGCUACAGGAUUGGAGAGGCAGAGAUGGCUUUCUUGGAGCGCACAAGAAGAUGUGUAAUGACUACAGUUGACCAAGACACUGGUAUCAAGACGGGGAAGGAACCACUUGUGACAUUGAGAAAGUACAGAGUUGACAGGUCCAAGCUAGGGCUUGAAAGGUACGAGUCUCACCCAUUGCUUGGCAUCGGCUCAAUCCACAUUAAAGAUGGCAGAAUUGCACCUGGAGAUGAGAUCUGCGCUAUAAUAGCCCCAAAUCCACUUCUGUAAGAAGGGUAUAAUUUUGGGCCAGUUGAUGAUGCAUAUUUGACUACGGUGAAGUGCGACAGACUGGACAAAGCAAGGGUGAGACAGACGGGACAAACGCUUGUACCAUCUGUCUCGCUUAACUUCAAGAAGAGAUGGGUGCAUUAUGCCUGUGUUAAAGACUUACUGGCAGCCAAUGCAAUUCCUGGUGCAGGGCAUUCACUUGUAUUUGAGCUUUUCUUGACACUAACUGAAUUGUUUUAUAUGCCUUGUCUGUGUCAGGAUUUUGUUCUCAACUGUGUUGUCAUGGCAGUUCAUCAGGUUCCCUGUAAUUAAAGUAAAUAACUCUUCUGCUCUCUAAUCUGGUUGCUGUCAGCAUUUCAAUUUUAUCAGCUUCAUUACCUAUGACUGCAUUAUUAUCAAGCCACACAGUAAGGGUUGGCUGUAACUGAAAAACAUGAGUGCAUUUUGGUACCAUGUAAGUGUUCAACUGAUUAUCAGACAGGAUACUUCGAUAUUGUUAAUGUGUUUGUAAGAGAGUUGCCCUGUACAUUAUAUAAGAGAUGUUCCUGUCCUGCAACUGGGUAUAGUUAGGCUUUGACAAACUUCUCCAAACACAAUCUUUGUCAAUGAUUUUCACAUUCUUGUGUAACAAAAGUAUAACUAGGCAGUUUACGGAUGCUGUUACAAAAAAGAUUUGUUGACUGUUAUCCCUGUAUUCAAAGCAAGACAUUCCGCUGAUUUAUGCUCUGGUUUCUGUCAGUGCCCAUUCACACUUUGAGUAUGCCGAUACAGUGACAGUUUUAAGUAAUGGUUCACGCUGUUUGUAAUAACUCCUAGAAUUAAUAUGCGAGUGUAAAAUCAACACUGGUAUUCAUUGUGCUCGAGCAACGUAUGUUUGCUUAUGUGCAGCCCUAUGUGCUAUAAACGAGAUGCGAUGUAGCAGCGUGUGAUGUUCAGAGGCUGGCAGCACGAUGUCAAAUAGGCAGCGAGUCAGAUUUGGAGGUCCAAUUUGUACUCGUGGUACUGGUAGUCGCUGCAUGUAGCCACGAAGGGGCUUGCUCCAGUUGAAGAUAUGGUAGCCCACUGUGUUCACCGUGAGCAGUGUGAUAGCCAUAGAGGUUGCCUUGGUCAUCAGGCCAGCUGUCAUCUGCGUUAUGCAAUGAAGAUUGUUGAAGCUGUUCCACGCAUGCGCAAUGAAGGAUUUUUCUACACAAGCAUCCUCCAGAUUAAAUUGCCACUGCCAUAGAUCGUUGUGAAAUUGCGACGAAUUGUUUUGAAGGGCUGUUGUGAAUAACACAAGAGACACAGUCGCUUUAUGUUGAGACGUUUCAAGUAUGGGCUCUUAUAUAGUCACGUAUAUCAGCCAUUCAAAGGAUGAAUGCUUUACUGUGACAUAUGUGUCCCCGAGGUUCAGCUGACAGUAUUCUAAAAUUUUUCGUUGCUUUUUUGCGCAAGGGUUUGAUAUAUGAAAGGCAUUUCUUUUAAAUGUGGUUCAAUAAGUUAGAAUGAUAGCAUGUACAAGGUGUGCAUGACCUUUACCCUAACUCAAGAACUAUGGUGGCUUGUGUAGUCUGGCAUAUAUUGCAGUUUUGGGCUUUUACUAGAGAAUGCAAAAAGAAAAUACCAAUACGUGCCAGCCUACCGUUUCUGGUCCAUAUGUUCAUGAUAGCUUUAUUGAGCAUGUUGAGCCUAUUGAUACUGGUUUUAUAUAUUGAACCACCUGACAUUUACAUGUACAAAUACUAUACCCAAGCUUAUUUUGGAAAUGCUUACAUUAAAGCACUUACAUAACGUUGCAUUUUACAAGAGCAAUUUGUUGCUUACCAGGCUCUUACAGAACAAUAUAUAUAUAUAUUUUUUUUUCAUUUUUGUAUUGAGACCGUAAUGUUAUUGUUCUGCAUUUAUGAUGUAACCAUUGAAGUAGGUGUUGCAGUUUAUGCUUGUUAUUUUUAGAAAUACUUUCGGAUGCUUACAAAAUGUUUUUUGUGCAAUAAGUACCAAUCGUUAAUACUAGAAUUUGUAAACACUCGACAGUGUAAUAUCAAUGAAUGAUACCAAGAUGUAUGAAAGCAUUUAUAUUUUUGUCUUGAUGUGUAGGGAUACUACAGCACUUGUGUUAUGCAUUGAUGUGUGUAACCAAUAAAGUUUUCCCACCAUUUAA